AUGUCUUCAAAUUCAAUCCUUGAUAGUUACCAAUGCAAUCAAUGCAAAGAGCGCCACACCAAUUUAAAAAAAGCCAUGAGUUGUAGAGCUCAAUGCUUUAAGAACCAUCAUAGAAGACAUAAUGAUAUCCAGACUUCGCAAACCACGCCUGUUCCUAACCAAGUCAGUAUUGUUUUGAACACUGUCUUGAACGACACUAUUGAAGAACGUGCAGAUGCAAUUGAAGAUCAGAUCAUGGAUACACUCAACAGCAAAGAUAACAAUGAUCCAAUUAUGAAUAUUUUCAAACUUGGCAACGACAUGGAUAUCAUUGAAAACGAAACAUCUCCUUUGGUUUUUGACUUCAGUCAGCCUGCACCUACCUCUGACAAAGACGAUGCAAAGAACCUUGAGGUUCUCAAGAUCAUUAAGGAUUUUGAUAUCUCCCGCAAUGCCCAUGAAAUGAUAGUCAAGUAUUUCAACAGCAUUUUGGAAAUGUCAACUUGUAUUACAUACAGAGCAUGUACUCCUCAUCUCAGCAAAAAGCUUUUGAAGUGUUUCUCUGGUGUUGAAGAGACAGUUCAUGAUAUCUGUCAGAGGAGAUGUAUGCCCUUUACCAGUCCAUCCCAGACUGAGUGCUCCAACUGUGGACAAAGUCAGUACAAAACAAGACGUGGAGAAACCGAGGGUGAUGAUCUGGUUGCUGCUGCCAAGAUGAUACAGCUUCUAUUGGCGAGACAACUGGCUCUUGCAUUAGCCAACAAGAAUACAAGAGCAGAUAUGCCUUACUGCCAUAAUCAUGAGUCAAGCUUGGAUGGAAAAAAGAUGACAUUGCAAUUUCUUUGUCUGUUGAUGGAUUCACACCACACAAUGUUCCUGGUGUUGGAGAGCAAAGGGAUGGUUGUCAAGACACCAAACGAGACCACUUGUGUCAAAGUACAUGUCUUGAUAGUCACUGGUGACAUUCCUGCCUUAGCAAAGUUGGCAUGUCAUGCUGGACAUAUGAGCAAAGACGGUUGCUGUAUCUAUCAUGCUGUCGGCCAAUGUUCCAAGUAUGGACAAUACUUCAGAACUUUGUCCAGUACCAAUAUCUGUAUGCUGGAAAGUUUCCAAAAUUUUUCCCAGACCAGUGCAUCCAGCUGCAAAGGGUCAAACCAACAAUCCCCCCUGGCAACAUUGAAUGUAUUCUCUGGACCAUUGUUUUUUGCCCUUAAUGAGAUGCAUGGACUUUGCCAUGGAAUAAGCAAGCAGGUCUGGGGUUUGGUUUCUGGUACCUAUGGAACAGACCAUUGUUUUGCUCUUUCUUCUGGUGUUCGGAAGGAGAUCGGGUCGUUCAAGGCCGUCAAUUGGGCAGACUUUCUUCUGUUCGUCAUCAUUAUGCUGGUGGCAGAGCAUAUUGGAGAUGCAACUGCCCGGAACACGUUACUUGGCUUGGUUCAAGCAUGUAACCUACUCAUGAGCUGGAAGUUAGCAGCAGAGAAACAAACCUCUAUCAAAAGUAAACUUGAAAUAUUGGACAUGUACCUGGAAUCGUUGCUUACAAGUGGAAAAAUCAAAAUCAAUAUUUUCACUAGAAACCAGCAUCUUCUUCAACACUAUCCUCUCAUGAUUGAUGCAUACGGCCCACCUCAUGUAUAUAGCACCAGAUCCAUGGAAUGGGCAAUCGGUGAAUACUCAAGGGCUAUCAAGACAGAGGCUGGAGCCACUGUCAUAAUUACAGAAGCAAGAACAGCACAACACUUACAAUAUGAAGAUUCCACUGCUGGUUGGCCGUUGACAGAUGAGGGUAAGUGUGUUGGUGCUGGGUCUGAUAUUGAGUUCUGGGGGCCUUUAAGAAAUAGAAUGAUCCGAGAUAGUUUUGAAGGCAUUUCUUGUUUUUCGAAACUUCUUGAAGAUUUCUACGAAUCAAAGGGGGAAGAGUGUAGUGUGAUUGAAGCAGCUAUACAAACUAGCUGCAAGGCAUUUGUCAAUGGUUGUGCGAUUGACUCUGCACUCGAUCAAAUUGUAUUACAGAUUCAGGUUGAUGAAAACCGCAACAUAAAUUCUGCAUACUUCCCGGUUUACAAGGAUUUCUUCGGAAAAGUUGUUGUCUUCUUUGAGCACAAGCUCAACAACAAGAAGUGGUUGCUUGCUCUUGUAGAGAUUGCAUCAGUCCGUUUGGUAAAUGGUGUACCAGCUGUUAACAAUGGGCAUAUGAAACCAAAGAUAGUUCACCUGGCAGAUGUCAAAGAAUUGGUUGGUUUAAUGAAGUUGGACGCAACUAUAAAUACAACAACAACAACAGCAACAACAUACAUAGUGUGGCCAGAGCUUAACCACGGCCCAAAAUUGUUACUUGGUUCUCUUGCAGACCUAUAA